CCCCCUCUGCCCCGAGCAGAAGAUCCUGACCAUGACCCCCACAGAGGAGGAGAAGCAGCGGAUCCAGGACGCCCAGCUGGCCGACCCCGACCUCCCCCUGGGGUCGGCUGAGCACUUCCUGCUCAGCCUGGCCUCCAUCAGCGCCCUGACCCCCCGGCUGCAGCUCUGGGCCUUCAAGCUCAACUACGAGGCUCUGGAGAAGGAGAUCGCCGAGCCGCUGUUCGACCUGAAGCUGGGCAUGGAGCAGCUCUCCUCCAAUCAGAGCUUCAGGAGGAUCCUCGCCACGCUGCUCGCCAUCGGGAACUUCCUCAACGGCUCCCAGGCCAAAGGCUUCGAGCUGUCCUACCUGGAGAAGGUGGUGCAGGUGAAGGACACGGUGCACCGUCAGACUCUGCUGCACCACACCUGCUGCCUGCUGCUGGAGAAUUACCCAGAAUGCUCUGACGUCUACUCGGAGGUCCCCGCCAUCACGCGCUCCUCCAAAGUGGACUUUGAGCUGCUGUCGGAGAACCUGGUGCAGCUGGAGAGACGCUGCAAAGCAUCAUGGGAAAGCCUGAAGCUGGUGACCAAGCACGAGAUGAAGGUGGUGCUGAGGAACAAGCUGACGGAGUUCCUGAAGGACUGCACCCAGAGGAUCAUCAUCCUGAAGGUGGUGCACAGGAGGACAGGUGACCCAUGA